UGCAAACGAUCGGAGCUGCAGUUAUACUGGCUUAAACUUAAAUACUGAAAUUUAUUGGAUGGACAAUACAACCGGAUACACCAAUAAGUAGUCAAGAGUGCUAAGAGUAUCAAGCGACGAAGAACGUACCAUACAUACAAACGUAUAUAUAUAUAUAUACAUACAUAUAUCUAAUUCUGUAUAAUUCAUUGUUGGUUACAAUAUUUUGCGGGAAAAGUGACAGCUCAAUGUAGAUUAAAGAUGUAAAGUCGUUGAUGAAAUCGUUAUUAAUAAAAAUUUACGCAUUCAUCAAAUAGAAACGCCAUGAAUAUUGCUCAAUCAAUAAGUCUUAGAGAGAAAGGAUUAAAAUUCGUUCAAGACUAUGAUAUUGCAUUAUUCCGUUUAAAAUGUUACAAUGAAGAUGUAUACAGGGGAAUUGCACCAAAUGCAGAUGCCCCUGAUUUUAAUCCAGAGCCUCCAGUUUUCACGUGUCGUUUUUCUUCAACUUCUGGUUAUGAGGAAAUUAUAGCUUUAGCUAAUGAAGAUGGUAAAUUUGCAUUGCAAGAUACUACUCAAAGAAAAAAAUUAGAUGCACCAUUGGAUGGAACUCAAGCACAUUCAGAUGCUAUAUUUGACAUAGCUUGGAUGCCACAAGAAAUGAAAUUGAUUACUGCAUCAGGAGAUCAUUCUGCUCGUUUAUGGGAUGUUUCACAAGAAGAGAUAAAAGAAUUACAAAUAUUUCAUGCUCAUACUCGUAGUGUUAAAAAUGUUGCUUUUCGACCUCAAGAUAAAGCUGUUUUUGCCACUGGAGCUAGAGAUGGUGCAAUAAUGAUUUGGGAUAUCAGAGCAACGAACAGUAAUCGUCCAGAUAACUCCAUUUACUAUGCACAUUGUACAAAGUUAUUAAGUAGAAUAAAGCAGCGUAGGACACCCUUAAACAAAUUCAAACACAAUCGAGUUCAAAGUAUUACAGGUUUAGUUUUUCAAGAUGAUUAUACAUUAUUGUCAUGUUCUUCAGGAGAUGGGUUGAUAAAAGUUUGGGAUCUCAGAAAAAAUUAUACAACUCACAAAAAAGAUCCUAUUCCAAAAUAUACAAUGAAUUAUGGUGGGAAAAGCAAUAGUAAUGGAUUUACUUCUUUAGUAGUUUGUCCAUAUGGAAUUACUUUAUAUGCAAGUUGUAUGGAUAAUACAAUAUAUGCAUAUAACGUUUUAUCCUACAAUCCUAAACCAAUUGCAGAAUAUUAUGGGCAUAAAAAUUCAACAUUCUAUGUAAAAGCUUGCUUAAGUCCAGAUGGAAAAUAUCUUGCCAGUGGCUCAAGUGAUGAACUAGCAUACAUCUGGCAUACUAAAAAACCUGGUACACCUUUACUCAAACUUUCUGGUCACAGAGAAGAAGUAACAUGUAUCGCUUGGUGCAGUGUAGGCGAGUCAAAAAUUGUUACUUGUUCAGAUGACUCUUGUCACAGGAUAUGGACAGUAGGAAAAGAGCAUAUUAAUGAAGAUGAAAAAAUAAAUAUACAUGGUUAUGCUGAACCUAUUCUCCAAUCACCAAUGAACGAAGCAAAAAGAAACUUAGAAACUACCCCUACUCUGUCUAGACUUAGAGUAAACAGAGAUUGCUCUUCAGAGUCUGAUAUUACUCCAGAUGGUGAUUAUAAUAUUAGAUCUGUAAAGAGAAAUUAUACGCAAAUGUCCAGUGGUUACUGGUCAGAAGGCGGUUAUAAAUCUAUUUUGUCACCAAUUCAAGAAAACGUUGAAGCUCCAUUGAAACGACCUAAUUUAGAAAUUAAGGGAGCCCGACGACUUUUUAGCCCUAAUAAUAAAAUGGAAACUCACGUGCAAAACAGUAUUAGAACGUUAAAUAAUAGUUGCGAAUCCGACGAGCCAGGCCCAAGUUCAUCUUUGAAAUUCAACAUGUCAGUACCUUUUUCACUCACAUCAAACCUGCCUAAUUUUGUAUUAGAUGGAACUGCGCCUCAUUUACUAGAAAUGUCACCUCGAAAAUCCAAAGAAAAUAUUGAUUGGCUUACUAAAAUAAGGAAGAAUAAAUGCGCUAAACAAAUUUGUAAUAAUGCUGAGAAAUUAUCUAGUCCUAAAAGUCAUGUGACGCCUGAUCGUAGUACGACGAGAUCAAAGUCUACUGAACCACGAAAAAUGCCAGUAAGUCCUCUACUUCAAUUUUUUAAGCCAACAAUCAAAAAUUUUAGUAGUGAUUUACAGAAUUAAUACAAUUAUGAUAUUUCUAGAAAAUUAUUUUGCUAACAUGACAUAUCAUUAAAUGACGGAUUCAUUCAGUGAUAAAAAAUUACUAUUAUAAGAAUCUAAAAGAAUCAUGAAUUUUAUUUAAAAAAUAGAACAAAUAUUACGUAUGACAGAUACGUUAUAUUCCUUUUCGAAAACCGUUUAAAGCCUCCUUAAAUAUAUUCAUGUAGAUAAAAAAAAUUUAUAGCUAGUUCUCUCUCAUGUGUCGCUUAAAUUAGAGAUGUUCCUGCUCAAAUUGUAACGAGUGCUUGGAAAAAUUACCAUCUACAAAUCCGUAUUCAUAUAUUGCGAAUUCAUCAAAUUUGAAAUAUUUACUGCAACCAUUCUAUGUAAAAAUCAGUCGUGAAUAAAAAAAAACUAUUAUUCGUUUAUAACAAAAUUUUUUUUAGAUAGGUAUAGAGAUACUGAAUAAUCACAUUAUUUAUCAUCUAGGCGUUAUUUUAAAAUAUAUACAAUUUUUUAUAUCAAAUUAGAUAUCUCUACAUUUGUCAUACCAGCAAAUCAUGUUAGCCUUUACCUUACUGAUAAAUUUUACUUGUUAGUAAUAGUUACGUAAACACUUUUCAUGAAUGUUCUAUAAUUAUUUUAUUAUGAAUCGAACUAAUAUUUUAUUUUCGUCAUAAGUGAUUACAAAAAACGAUUAUAAUUGAGGCAUGAGCAUUUGCAGACGGUAAUUUUUUGGAACAUCUAUUAUCUAUAAUUUAAACAACCUUCAAGGGGUAAAGCGUGCCAAAUUUUUCCUAUUUACUAUUUAUAGAUUUUGAAGUAUUACAGAGAUAAUAAUUUUUUAUGAUUCUUAGAGAUUAGUUUUUAUUUUUAUUUUAUAUUAGUAUUAUACUGACAAGUGCCAUAGCAUGUUAUAUAAACAGUAUGUAAGAAGAUUACUCUACAGAAUUGAUCACUCAAUAAUGAUAAUAUAAAAAUUUAACAAUGGUAAAUUAUAUAUUUUUUAUGAACUUGAAACAAUUUUAAAAGUCAUGAUAGUUUAAUUAACAAACAUUAUUACUAAAAUCAUCAUAAAUAAUUGUUAAGACAUAAUAAAUAUAUUGAAAAGAAAUACAAAAAUAAUUGUAUGUUAACUAAACAGACAAUUUUAAUGGUAACAGAAGAAUUUAGCUCACUUUCUAUUUGUAUUUUAUAAGCACAUCUUUUAUAAAUUUUAUAACAGAUAGAUUUGCAUUUAAUACUGAAAAAUAUCUUAUUUUUGUAAACACAUGUUAAUGCAAACCACA